GAUAUUAAAACUAUGAAUCAUCCUAAUGCAGAAAUGAUAUUAAAACUAUGAAUCAUCCUAAUGCAGAAAUGUAACCCCCACAAAAGUGUUAGUGUGACCGUGAGUGAGUGCUAGUGUCAGUGCGAUGUCAAAGUGACUCUCUCGGGCCAUGAGAGCGUGGGCCCGCGGGCCGGGCCGGUGCGCCGCGUGGGCCUGGCUGGCUGUCCUGGCGGCCUUGGGUCGGUCCACGGCCUAUACGGAUACGGAGGACUUUCUCAGCGAUUUGGAUAAGCCAGUACCAACAUCGGACGUCCAAGGAGUGCUGGGCAAGAAGGCGUCUCUCCCGUGCGACAUCCAGCCCCUGCAUUCCGACGACGACGUCGUGAUGGUGCUGUGGUUCAAGGAGUCCGAUGGCGAGCCCUUGUACAGUUACGACAUCCGAGGCCGGUCAAUGACCCAGCCGAAGCUGUGGUCCUCCCCCACCGGCUUCGGCAAUCGGGCCUUCUUCAGGGGGGGAGCGACGCCAGCGGUGCUGAUGGUAGACGACGUGCAAGCGGUGGACGCCGGCGUCUACAGGUGUAGGGUGGACUUCAAGAACUCGCCGACGAGGAACUUGAAGGUCAACUUUAGUGUUAUAAUCCCACCAAAUCGUCCAAAGAUAUACGACGCCAAGAAGAAAGAUAAGGCAAAUCUCGUGGAGCCAUACAACGAGGGCUCAAACGUGCAUUUAAUUUGCGAAGUUGAGGGAGGUCGACCACGGCCGCGGGUGACGUGGUACCUCGAGAACGAGAUGAUCGACGACUCGUUCGAGCAGCGGCCCGACGGGGUGACAGUCAACACGCUGACGUUUCCCAACAUUGGGCGACAACAUCUGAACGCGAGACUGGUGUGCCAGGCGUCGAACACCAACCUCGCGCCGCCGGAGACGAAAGUCCUGAUUUUAGAUAUUAACUUAAAACCAAUAUCGGUGACGAUACUAACAAAAGAGAAGCAGAUAUCCGCCGACAAGCGGUACGAGAUCGAGUGCAAGACGACCGGCUCCCGGCCCGAGGCCGACGUCUCGUGGUGGAAAAACAACAGGCACCUCAAGAGGAUGGAGAAGAAAUUCUCGGAGAACAACGAGACCCUAAGCAUUCUGAGCUUAGUGCCGAGCGUGGAGGACGAUGGGAAGUAUCUGACGUGUCGCGCCGAGAACUCGAAGAUAAAGGACUCCGCCAUAGAAGACAAGUGGCGGUUGAACGUUCAUUACGUGCCCGUAGUGGACCUCAAGAUGGGCUCCAACCUCAACCCGGACGAGAUCAAGGAGGGUGAUGACGUGUACUUCGAGUGCACCGUGAAGGCCAACCCCAAGACGCACCGGCUCGUGUGGUUCCAUGACAACAACGAAAUUUUCCACAACGAAGGCGCGGGCAUCAUCCUCAGCGCCCAAAGUCUGGUGCUUCAAAGCGUGACCAGGGCAGCGGCUGGAGACUACACCUGCAUGGCUGCCAAUAGCGAGGGGAAAGGCACCAGCAAUCCUGUCACGUUGCUAGUCCGAUAUGCACCAGUAUGCGCAGAGAAAAGGGACGGAGAACUAUUUGGAGCGCUCAAGCAUGAAACCGUCUCGCUGCACUGUUCCGUCGACGCCAACCCCGCGCUUGUGUCUUUCCAUUGGACCUUCAACAACUCAGGAGAACAGACUGAAAUACCACCACGGUUAUACAGCAGCCACGGGCACACGUCCACUCUCAACUACACUCCGACCACUGACAUGGAGUACGGAACCCUAGCCUGCUAUGGGGCGAACACCGUAGGCAAGCAGAAGGUUCCGUGCCUCUUCCAAUUGGUUGCAGCUGGUCGGCCGUUCCACCUCCAGAACUGCUCAGUGGCAAACCAAAGUAUAGAUUCGCUGUACGUGGAAUGCGUGGAGAAUUUCGACGGCGGCCUGCCACAGACCUUCCUCAUGGAGCUGUUGGAGCUACCGUCACUUAUCGUCCGCUAUAACGUGUCCACAAACCGAACUCCCCCGUACUUCGAGAUCAAAGGACUGCCACCAGGCGUCAGCUACAGAAUCGACCUCUACGCCGUCAACGCCAAGGGAAGAAGUGACGUGUCCACCAUAGAGACCGUCACUCUGAAGGGCCAGGCCAAGUUUACUGGAGAAAGCAACGCACUCGGCGUUUCACCAGUGCUGGCAUCAAUAGCAGCCAUGUCGGCGCUGCUGGCUACAGCAGUUUGCGGGGUCCUAGCCGUCCUGUAUAGAAGGCACGCCGCGAGGCACAGACAUUUGCCCGCCAAACACGCACCUUUGAGCAGUGAAGCAAUGUACGUGGAGCGGGCUGGCCACUGCCCCACGCCGGUGAAGCACGAAGUGGAAUCCCGGGCCAGCAGCACGGAGCCCCGGGGAGACGGCUUCGGAGCGCGCGGGGCGCUUCUACACGCUGCCGACCCCCGGGACAAUGAUGACGCUGACCCGGAUAUCAUACCUUGUUUAUACGAGCGGCGGCCAGUCUCCAACGGCUACAUGAGCCUACAGCGGCCGCCGUCCACCAGCAAGCUGCCCAAGCUGGGCGAGGACGUGCGCUCCGAGCCCGACGGCGGCGCCUACUUCACAGACUUCAGGAAGAAGGACUAUAGGAUACCUUUAACUAGUUCAUAUCAUAGCUUAGGGCGCGUGAACAAGGGAGUGAACGCGUGUAGUCCCAGUUCGGCGGGUGGAGUGACGUCAUCGCUCACGGCCCACCGUCUGCGGCCAGAGGUCGUGACGACCUCACAUCGAGUCCAAGAGAGCUGUAUAUAAGAUAUCCCUCCGAUGUAUAUAGUAAAUUAAGCAUUGGCGGUGCAGCGAUUACUGAUAGUGCAGGUUAGUAAAUGGCUAUGAUUUGUGUAAGGCUAGAGAAAUACAUUGACACAGCAUUACAUAAUUUUAUGAUCAAGCUGUAUGCCUGAUCUUAAGAAAUGAAAACUAUCUAAUAGAAUUCAGUUUUUCGUUUACUUUUUUUACAGAAUGGUCCAGGUUGAAUUUUCAACCUUGUAAAGAAUUGAAAAUCUUUUUAGAAAUGGUAAUAGGUUGAAUUUUAAAUAUAAAAAUAAUGAAAAAAAUAGUUGUCACUUUCAAACAGACGUUUAUCUAAUGAUAGAUAAGUUUAGUUUUAAGCUUUUUUUAUACUUAGUUUUAAUAAACUAUAAGUAAUCGCUGCACCAAUCAUUGACUGUGUUCCUUUGAUAGUCUAACCUUUUGUAAAUUACCAUUUUACGAAUUUGUGUGCGAAUAUGACUGUAAGUGAGUGAAUGUGGAAAUUGUAACGGCUUUGCGAAAAAACAUGUCUUGUGUAAAAAAGACGCGUUUGUUUUACAACGGAUUUCUUGGUUAGGUCUUUUUUGGCAAUAAAAUUAAGACCUGAGCCUAUUUUUUAAAAAGACUAAAAGUAAUUCCUACUCCCAGUCAGAGCUUCCCCUUUAAACAUAUCCUUUACAUGUAUGUAGGUAGUUGAAGAUACAUAUCGAUACCUAAACCAUCCAUUAUAGUCCCUCAAUCAAAAUCAAUCAAUAAUAUACCAACAUUGGAGCAAUAAAGAAUUUGAACUUCCCCUAAACCUACAGGGGUGUUUUUUUAAAUGUACACUACUUAAUUUGAUCCUGUUAAACACUGUCAUUCUGUUUAGUUUCAAAACAUACAAAACAGUAAAAUAGGUCAAACAAGUUCUAUCGAUAAAUUCACAUUCUACAGUCGGCGUCAAAUAGUUCGUAACACCCAAAAUGGCCAAAAACUUGACAACACAAACCUAUUCCAAUUGUUACAAAGACGUGUUGCGAACUUUUUGGCUACUUUGGGUGUCACUAUUUGAUGCUGACUGAACCUAUAAAAAACUACAGGAACGUUUUUCGCAAAGCCGUGAUAAACUAAUUAAGCCCUAACUUUUGUAUUUUGAUUGGAUGAUAAUUAAUACCUACCUCAAAUUUUCUACGUCUUCUUAUAUCGAAACCUUAUCUAAAACGCUGUAUCGAAAAUGUCUAACGUUAAUUUUAGUUUAAUACCUGUAGCACAAAUUAAUGACUGACUCUUCUUAUUAAUUUUAUUACUUAGUUUUAGAUGAGAAUGAACGAACUAAAUUAAUAUUGUGUGUAUGAGUAAGUACCUUAUUUUAUAAUGGUUUAUUUAUUUUUUCUUCUAUACGUCUUUUGCUGUCACAAAUACCUAC